CAUUUCUCUCCCCCCCCUCCCCCCAAAGGAGUGCAAGCGGCCCCCGGAGGCUUUCGGCUUCGAGCAGGCGACGCGGGAAUACACCCUGCAGAGCUUCGGGGAGAUGGCCGACUCCUUCAAAGCCGACUACUUCAACAUGCCCGUCCACAUGGUGCCCACGGAGCUGGUGGAGAAGGAGUUCUGGAGGUUGGUGAACAGCAUCGAGGAGGACGUGACGGUGGAGUACGGCGCCGAUAUCCACUCCAAGGAGUUCGGCAGCGGGUUCCCCAUCAGCGACGGCAAGAGGAAGCUCUCGCCCGAGGAGGAGGUGAGGGUCGGCCCCACGUCGGAGGCGUUGGGGGCCAGCGGGGUGACGCCGUCGCCUCCAGGGUGACAUCGAUCCCCUACU